AUAAAACAGAAUGUUGAACAUGCCGCCGACCCAACCAAUAACCAAACUCCAUCAGAAGCCAUCACACCUCAGCCGCAGCAGGCGAAAGCGAAAGCUGCAGCUGAACUACCGAGAACCACUCCACCUACGGCAUCCCCAUCCACCAAUCUGUAUCCAGCAUUAAUUCCAAGCGCUCCACCAGCUUCAGUGCCCGAGGAAGAGGGAAAAAAUUCGCAAACACCCGAAAAAGUGCGAGAACAGUCGGUAAGCGCGAAAAAACGACUGCCGACUUCAAAGGAAUGCCCGAAAACAGCAGAGGAAGGCCUAUCAUCACCUCCGUCGGAAACAGUGCCGAAAGGCAAAAGUGGCAGAACUGCAGCGGACAUUCACGCAUUGCUCACCGAACCAGUCCGCGUUCCAACGGCGGAUAUUCGUGCGAGAGCGGAAUAUUUGCGAAUGCAGCGUGACAAAUUGUUGGAGUUGAAGAAAGUGCAACGCCAAAAAAUAUUUCAAGAAACUACACAAUGUUCGGCAUCCGAACGACCGAAAACAGCUAAAGCUGCUCGUGGAAUGCUCUCGGGUCGAGCCGUACAGUCUCGAGACGGUCCUGCAAAUGAGGACAUCAUAGCAGCCAGACGUGAACUGGCAAACAAACUCAAGAAUGAAGUUGUUAAGCAGUAA